UUUACUUUAUAUGCGUUCCGAUUUUCGUCCUUUAGAUUCUUGUUCAUACUUCGCAUGAAUAAUAGUUAUAUAAAUAGCAAUGGACAGUUCAGUCGGCAUUUAAUGUAGCAGUGAUUGUCUUAUCAUCUCUCAUCCUGUAUUUCUGAAGCUGACCGACACUUUCCUCUCAGCCCUCCAAGUGCGUUCCUCUUAAAGUUUCCUACCUCUAUGAAUACGUGACAUUUCAAAUACUUCAUAAAUACGAAUCAGUUUCAGACCCUCAGCAAUGUUUAGUGUUAAUAUGUUUAUCAAAAUACUACAUUUUUUUCCUGCAUUGGUUCUCGGUUACAAUCUGGACGUUAAAAGUGCCGUUCUGUUCAAGAGUCCCGAAAACAAUAGUUAUUUUGGCUACACCGUUGUUUUAUAUACUGCCGAUCCGCAAAAUUCUUGGUUGAUCGUUGGUGCCCCUCGCGCCAAUGAUACUGUCCAUUCUGUGGCUAAUCCCGGAAUUGUCUAUCGAUGUUUACUAUUUCAAGGCUGUUUAGAAGUGAGCCAACAGUAUCAUGGAACCGAGUAUGGAAAGAUUUCGCAAAUUCGAUAUAAUACGGUAAUUGAAAAAGAGAACGCUUGGUUUGGAGCUGCUAUAUCGAUACAGAAGCAUCUGGGACUUAUAACGGCAUGUGCCCCGCGUACGAUUAUGACACUCAAGAAUAAUGGAUACCACGCUCCCGUUGACUUUGUUCAAGACACGAUGCAUGGAUUCUGCUAUACUGGUUCAAUUUUGUCACUCUUGCAAAUAGAAGACAAAUAUACAUCGAUUUACAAUUUUCGCGAUCGUAACUGGGGUAAUCCAAUACAUGGAUUUUCUGUUGCAUAUGCCUCAACGAAACAUUUUGCGGGAGAAAAUCAACGAAUAAUAGGUAGGCCAAAGCACAAGACAUGGGGCUCCGUCGAGAUUACGCAUGCCAACAAUUGGAAAGAAUCCGUAGAACUGCCUAACAGCGAUGAACAGACGCAAUUCGGAUAUUCGGUCACAUCAGGAUUUUUCUUCAACAAAAGCCAGGUGUUAUUCGCCAGUGGAGCGCCAGGUUGGGCAUACGUGGGUCAGGUUAGCGUAAUCGAUCCAAGCUCAAAAACCAAGAUAAUCGCUACACUUGUCGGCACGGAGGUCGGUGGAUUUUUUGGAGCCAGCUUGGCUGCCGGAGACUUAAAUGGCGAUGGCUUGGACGAUCUCGUCAUCGGGUCUCCUCAUUCCGGAGAAGAUAGUGGCAGAGUUUUCAUAUAUUUAGGUAGCAGCACGCACGAGUUCGUCAAGGUAGAUACGGAGUUGACAAACGGUUUACAAGGAGCACAAUUUGGUUACUCCUUAGCUUGCGGGGAUUUAGAUCAAGAUGGAUUUGCAGACGUUAUCGUGGGAGCACCGUGGGAGAAGAAUGGAGCAGUUUAUGUGUUCAAUGGACAUCCAAAUAUUCAAGAAGGCCUUGGACUUGGGCAAUCUCAACGAAUUCAAACGACCAAUUCAAUUAAGACUUUUGGAUUUUCAUUAUCGGAGCCAGAGGACAUCGAUAAUAACGGAUAUCCGGACCUCGCAGUGGGUGCAUACAGCUCGAACCAUGCAGUGGUGAUCCGUGGAAAGCCAGUAAUCAACGUUAAUAUCACGAUUGAAAUUUAUCCAGAGGCACUGCAGGCAAACCACGUCAACGUUUUCUUCUGUAUCAUCUGCAUAAAAUAUUAUGGCAAGCACGCGCCGACUGUACAGUAUUUCGACUUGAACAUCACGAUUGAUGAGGAUUACAAGCGGACGCGCGAGGAAACGGUAUUGCUGCCAAAUGUUUCAGUAACCGGAGAAGUACGCUCGUGUAUUAAUCAGAGCAUUCCUUUAUCGGAUAAUAUUCGCAAUGUGGUCGAUCCUGUAAAAAUAAUCGUUCGACACAAACUUUCGGCGAAUCAAUCUUUGGAUGAAAAAGCAUGCUCAAUCGAGAAGAAGGAUAGUGCCUCGGAGGCAGUGGAGGUGGAGCUUCCUUUUGAUAUCGAUUGUGGAGAAGACAAAAUCUGUUACUCUAAUGUAUCCCUGGCGAUAAAAUUCCACGGUGUUCGAAAUGAUAGCGUCUGGAUAAUUGGAUCGGGUGAUAUCGCUAUUGUACUGAAUCUGACAAAUAGUGGAGAACCUGCCUAUUUAACAGUGGUGACUAUUUUUAUUCCCGAGGGAAUCUCGCUUCUUAGCGUUUUACCAUUUUGUCAAGAAGAUAUUAGCAAUUCCACGGUAUCCGUAUCCUGUGAAAUUGGCAAUCCAUUCGACACGUCAACGGAGAAAAUUAUUAAAUUAGACUUAGAUAUGAAACUUAUGAACCAUGGUUUUUUUGACGGCAAAACACUUACAUUCCGUGCAAUAGUUAAAACUCAAAACAUUAAUCAGGGAAGUAAGGAAACAAGUGCACCGUUGAAUUUAAAAGCUGAAGCAUCUCUAAUAAUGACUGGAAAACCCACCGAUGAAUUCUACCUUUUCUCGACAUCGAAGGAGGGAUAUUUGACUAUAAAUUUUGAGCAAGUUUAUCAAAUUUCGAAAUUUGGAGCCACUUCGAUAAGUGGUAUCGAUCUCGUCGUUUCAGUGCCACUGGGAUUAGAAGGCUCUGAAGUAUUGGUUCUAUUGAGUAAACCAAACUUUUAUAUUUCCGGAAGACGACACGAGUGCCACUCCGAAGACAUUACCUUUUUCGACGCCCAUCUUAACGGUCGCUUUAGGGAUCUCCUCGAUAAUUCUGAAUUUACAAUUAAUGAUACCACGAGAAAGAAAAGAGCCACACUUGAAGAAAACGCGGGUUCAGAAGAGACUGACUUCGCGGGACCCGAAAUGAAAGAACCGCAUGUCCCCAAUUUUACAGGUUUACAAGUCACAGAUGACACGUUAAGAAAAGUAAUAUCCCUAAAUUGUUCCGCACCAGGGUUAAAGUGUGGAAAACUUACGUGUGAAUUAGGAUCUCUAAAAACACCUGACGACGUCGUUCAUUUACUUUUAAACUUUAUUCUUCAUGUCACGUCCUCUAAGGAUAGUUCAGAAGUUCAGAAGAUCAUUUACUUUAGUACGGAGGCUCGAAUCAAUUCUGUGCAGCCCUAUAUUUUUCGGUUAACGUCCCCCAACAGGUUUAAAGCACAAGUUACGACAACUUUCUACGUCGUUCCUAAUAUACAGAAAGUGGAGCCGUGGAUUUUGUUGGUCUCAAUAGCUUUGGGAAUUAUAUUAUUAAGUGUCAUUACAGGUAUUUUAAGUUGGCUUGGCUUCUUCAGGAGAUACAAGAAGGAACAACUAAAUACGUUGAAGACAAGUGAUGCCUCAGAAAUGGAAAGUCCGUCACAACUUAUGAAUGCUGACAUUGACGAAAUGGAGAGCGAUUAAGUUAAUAUUAAAAAAGAUACGAUUGUAAAUACAAAUUUCCAAUGUUUUCAUUACUUAACAGCAAGUCAAUAAUUAUUAUAGUAAAUUUGUGAAGAAUUUUUUUAAGGAGAAUAAUUCAAAGUACAUUUUGCAUUUUCACUAGUGAUAAACUUAUUAUAAUAAAAAUACUUUCGCAAGAAGAAAUUAGUAAUACGAAA